AAUUUAACUAAACUGGCCACACUGUGCCAUGGUGCUUUCAUAACAGAGUCGUGUGUUCGGGUGAAAAUUUCAAAGAUUCUAGAUUUUAAGUGAAUUUGGUGGCAUUUUCCGGUAGAUAUGUUGAGGCAAGUGUUGCGAACCGGCUACGGUUUUCGACCGUUCCUGACGACGCAUAGGAACUUCCUCUCGGAGGCGUAUCUCUGUCGGGAAGCAUGGCAGUCACGUCUCGCAACGCCGGUUCUGUCCAAAGUGAACCACGAAGCGCUCUAUUACGAGCUGGAGCAGAAGUUCCAACAGAAGAACAAGGUUUCGGCCAUCGAUAUCGACAUCUACGCCAACAAACUGGAGGACGAUUCGCACAUCGACGAGGUGGCCGAUUUGAUCUACAAGUUCCGCCUGACGGAGGAAGCUUCCAACGUGUUGCAAUCGACCCAGCAUGCCAUCGCCCGGAACUACAUCGAGCACAGUCACUAUGGUCAGCUGAUCGAGAUGCUGGACAACCGGAUCGGGUACGGUGUGUUCCUGGAUGAUUUCACCGCAAAUCUGGCGCUGGAUCGAUUGGUCACAACGAACGAGUUCAAAUGGGCUGCCCGGAUUGCGACGCUGCUGGGACUGCAGGAGGACUUCGGGAAUCCGAUUACCCGCGCGUUGGCCACCUACGGAAGCUAUCGGUACGUGAAGGGCGGAGAGAUUGACCACUUUGACGAUUUGAUUCCACCUCCACCGCUGGAUCCCGCCGAGGUUAAGAAGAAAAAGAAGGACGAGGUCAAGGUUCGAGUGAAGUUCCUACGGAACGAAUUCUUCGAUGACCAUUUUGACCUGCGGGAUUCGAAGUUGCUGCUGGGCAAGACAUUCUACACGUUGGGACUGAUCCAUGGAGCUGGGGUGGUUGGAGACAGCUGUCGACUUCUGGGGUUGGUGUUGCAUGAGAAAUGGGCAAAGGCUGCAGAACUCCUGGAAAAAGGCUCAGAAAUGAACGCAGAUGUCCUCAAGUUGGCGAGGACUUUCCUAGAAAAUGUGGAGAACAAGGAGGGCGAAGAGUAUGGCAAGUUGGUGGAAGCACUUGGAAAGUUCGAAUCCAGUGCUAAGCUGAACAACGAAAGUUUCGAGAAGCUAUUGCUGGCUGAGGUUAACAAAAGUGUGGCUGAGAAUGAGCAGCGGCAGAUCACGGAACAGGCAAAGAUCUACAACGAGUGGUGCGACGUUCGGCAGCAGCGAUUGGACGAAGAGCUGGCCCGGUUACAGCGUGCCAAGCGCAUCCAGGACAUGGAACAGAUGGCGCGCGAAAUGGAACAGGAAGAGCAGAAGCUGUGGUUCUUCGAGAACGAAGACAAGAUCGAUCUGCAAAUCGACAGCAAAAAGGUGUUCUAUCCGAAGCGGUGGUUCGGCAAGAAGAAGAAGCCACGCGUCGUCGACGAGGGUUACAUUCCGCCGGAGGUUCGUCAACGGCAGGGUCAGCAGUGAUUAUCGGCGGGUGGGGCGAUUCUUUCAAAAUAGCAAUUAGAGAGGAAGUUCAAUAAAGCUCUCAAUGGGCACUUUAGUUUGUGUA